GGGACUGUCGGUUCUAUCACUCUUCGUCGUAUAGAGGAAAAGAAGGAGACCAACUUGACUGCUCUACGGGAAUAGUUACCAGACUGCAACCCAUUGCGUUAGAGUGCCCAGGGAAAGAGCGCUACAGGGGGGACGGCAGCAUUUUUCUUGCUGUAACAGAGCGCAGCAGACUACUUGAAAGAACGCCAGGAGCAGAAUCCUAGUGAGGUGACCAUGAGUGAGAAGUUCGACUGUGACCACUGCAAGGAGUCCCUGUACGGACGGAAGUACAUCCAGUCAGAGGACAACCCCUACUGCAUUCCCUGCUACGACAGCCUGUUCGCCAACACCUGCGAUGAGUGCAAGGAGCUCAUCGGCCACGACUCCAGGGAGCUGUUCUACGAGGAGCGGCACUACCACGAGCACUGCUUCCGCUGUUUUCGCUGCGACCGCUCGCUAGCCGACGAGCCCUUCACCAGCCAGGAUGACUCACUGCUCUGCAACGACUGCUACUGCAACGAGUUCUCCUCCAAGUGUGUGGCCUGCGACAAGACCGUCAUGCCAGGCACGAGGAAGCUGGAGUACGGCGGCUCCACGUGGCACGAGAGCUGCUUCAUCUGCCACAGCUGUGAGCAGCCCAUCGGCUCCAAGUCCUUCAUCCCGGACAAGGACGAGCACUACUGUGUGCCCUGCUACGAGAACAAGUUUGCCCCACGCUGCACACGCUGCAAGCAGGUGUUGUCCAAAGGGGGUGUGACCUACCGAGAGGAGCCGUGGCACAAGGAGUGUUUCGUGUGCACGGGCUGCAAGAUCCAGUUAGCCGGUCAGCACUUCACCUCUCGUGACGACAGUCCCUACUGCCUGAAGUGCUUCGGCAACUUGUAUGCCAAGAAGUGUGAAGCCUGCGAAAAACCAAUCACAGGUUUUGGAGGAGGGAAGUACAUCUCUUUUGAGGAACGUCAGUGGCACCAGCCCUGCUUCACCUGCUCGCGCUGCUCCGUGUCGCUGGUGGGCGCUGGCUUCUUCCCUGAGCGGGACGAGAUCCUCUGCCGUGACUGCAACACCAAAUUAUAGAGCCAAAGCCCACAUCAGCCAAACAUUAGCCCCCAUCACCACUGCAUGCAACUGCUGCAAUACCACCGCCUGCCCCCAGUCCUACCUCCUCCUCUCCUCUCUUCCACUCUUCCCUCCUCUCCUCUCCUCCCCUCCUCCUCUCCUUUCCUCUCCUCCCCUCUCAGCCCUGUUAAACUCAAGGCCUUAUGCCCACUUAGCACUGCUAACAUCCCUACACACACAUACACACACGCUCACACACACACACUCACACACACACACACACACACACACACACA